UCCUUUUUUCCUCACUGACCAUAAAUUGUUAUUGCUAAGUAGGCAAGCACACGGAGUAUUGCGUGCAGUGCAUCGUACUCGUCUGCGCCUGGCAUCGUGUAUCGGCCUGUCGGCGGCGGUGAUCCGGCGACACGAGAGUCAGAAUAGGGCUGAAUUACUGUCAGAAUACGGGCACCUUAAUCGGCAGCGUUCGUGCAGACAGCGCCCUGGGUGGAUUAGCGGGCCAACCUCUAUCGAGAAUCAAUCAAACUUUCGCGGGUCUCUGGCGUGAAGGUUGCCUUCUGCUGCCUUGAGCCCUUUUAGCGAAGCUGACACGCUGACACGGUUGCAUUACAUCACCGAGCUGCAUCCAGCAAAGUGCAGUGUAGUCUAGCCACAGCCAGCUGUUUCUUUAACCACCGAAACAUGGAUUGGCCCAGCACUCGUGUGGCCCAGGGUGGGCUCUUCCAUACCCCGCGUGCCCGCUACACGAAGGAAACGCAGGAUUUGAUCAAAGUACUCAUGGAGGAAGCGAAAUUGACUAUCCUGCAAAGGAACAAAAUCAAUUAUCAUCUACGCAACGGGGAACCGCUGCCAUUGCCGAAGGAACCCAAGUACGAGCAGGAGUACAGCAACUUCCUGCCCCUGGCCAUACCGAGGAAAAACAUAAAAAAGCGAUCACUGAACACAAUCAUCGAGAGCGGGGCUUUCGAUGUGGAGAAGUAUGUGCCACACAAACCGAAGGAACCGAUCGAGAAGAUGAAGCAGAAGCUGCAGGAGCAGAUGAGUGGCAUCAAGGUGUUCCCGGAUGAUGGACGCCGGCGACGGGUGGUUCGUAGUAAAAGUGAAGAUUGCAUGGACUUUGUGGCUCCGGAUCGUGCCAGUGAGCUGCUCGAGGAAAUCAACGAACGCGUACAGUGGCUAGAGGAGAUGGAAGCACUUGGCGAAGGUAAAAAGCAUCGCGCCACGAUCCAGCUCCAGAUAGCCGAGAAGCUGAACGAACUGAAGCGCCUGGAACGGAGCAAAUCGCAGGACAAUGAAAUCUGAAACGGACGGAAUU